AUGUUGAGGACUCAGAGGGCCAGGGACAUUUUGAAGCUUGUCCUUUCUGAUGAACGCAUUCCCAACAACCUAAUUACCGUCUUCUACACCGAUUUUGCCACCGGCUCAGAGGCAGGAAAGCCACUGACCGAGUUCCACCAAGACCCUAUCCUAGGACUCAAUAUGAGCUCUCUGGGUCUACGGGAUUGUCAAAUCACUUGCCUGAAGCUGCUGGACAAGGUUGUUUGGGACAGGCAGAGUGGUCUGGACCUCAUCUCCACUUCCUCACCACCCCCCAUCUACGCCCUGUUGGAGAGAACUUGCCAGGACUCUUCGCUGGCAGAGGUAGAUAAGCUGGCUGUCGGUUGCAAGGCGCCGGAGCAUCUGAAGCGUCUGUGCGACAUUCAGGCCUCUAAGUCGGGCUUCCGCAAGCACCGUUUCUUCAUCUGUCAGCGCGUCUACAACAAGGCCUUGAUUGAGAAGGCAGUGGACAUGCAAAUGAAGAUCUGUGAGCAAGUUCCCCUCCUGAAGGAGAGUUGCUACCCACCGGACUGGUUCCACGUCACCCUGUGCACCUUCUGUCCGGCUGGACCGGAGGAGUUGCAUCUGUCUGUUCGGAUACUUCAGCGACUGAUUGACAAAUACUACAGCGAGUCUCGUCCCGUGAUUAGAUUUCCCUACGCACAGAAGUUUGCGGAUUUUAGGGUUGAUGUCGUGGCCGACGUCAGCGGCUCCAUUAGUUGGAUAAUAAGUUCCGCCUUUCGGGGAGAUGGAAUUGAAGUGGAUGCUCACGAGUUCAGACCACAUAUGACUGUGAUUAAGGUUUGUUGACUGGGCUUUCUGAGCCCGUGUACAUUCAUUGUCUUCCAACUAAUUUUAUGCAUGCCCCCUGGGUAUGUGUUUAUUUCGCAUUUUAAGUCUUCUUUGUGCGUUCAAGCUGACGUUUAUGGCAUUUUUUGUGCCAAGGGAGAGGAAACCACGGGGUGAUAUAAGCGACACUGGGCUGCUUUAGGACGGAACUGUGGGAAGAGCCAACAGGUCAUAAGGGGCGUUGUGCACUGGGAUUUUAGAAACGCGUAAACUUUCACUUUCAGCAAUUUUUAUUGCUGUUUACCAGGGUUUAAUUGCUGUUUGUUGGUACCCACAAAUUUCGCCAUUUCUCAGCUGUUUCCUAUCGCCUCAGUAGUACAUAUCAGACUGGAUCUGUCCAUGUAGUUGGCAUAUAAACCGGCAGAACGAACAAUCUAAGCAGUAAAAAGCCGCUUUAACACUCCUUUUUGGGAUCUGACUUGCGUUUUUUGUUGAAAAAAUUAGCAAAAUAGAUUCCUCGUCACUGUUACUAUUGCUUCUGCCUUCUCUUCAGCCUCCGUUAAGUGUUUUGCGAAAUAUAUCUGGUCAACUCAAUGUACAGAAAUAUUUCCGUAGAUGUGACUCCAGGAACACCUGCCAGUCAGUGAAUCGUCUCGAUGUCUGUAUGUGUGGUGAAGAACGCGACGAGGAGGGAUUUUGGCUGCGAGCUGUCUCCCUCCAGCUGGCGCCAAAUUCAAAAUUCUGA